UGAUUAAAUAAAUAAAAGAAGAAUGGGUGUGUGUGUAUGAAGCUCUGUGAGAGAUAGAGAGAGAGUAGAAUAAAUUGGUGAAGCUCAUGAUUGUUGAUGGAGCAGCCAUGUGGAAAACAAGCCCUCGUGUAGUAGAUGUUUCAACUGAUGAGCAACUUGCCCAUCAAAUAAGUUCCGGACUUGAUCAGCAUAAUCCUCCUGGUCAUACCCUGCCCACAGGAGUGUUCCCCAAUCAGAUACAGAACCCUUUAGAAAGUGGUACUUGGAGGGGGGCAGGAUUGGAUUCGAGUUGGUUGCAUACUUGGUCUGACCAAGGUCUGGAUGGAGCUGGUCCAUCUACUGGUACUGGGUCGGUUGGACUAGGGAGAGUUCAGAUGAUGAUGAGGCAUCUUGCAGCUGUAGGAGAAACCUAUGCGCAGACUGCCCUUGAAGAUGCUACUUGGAGCCUUUGGCCUAUGAAUCCAUCUCAGGCUGGUACGUCCACUUCACCAAUUCCUCCUCCUGGUUCUGCAAGAUACCCUGGAGGUGCUGGUGGUUUACAUUUGAGGACUGCUUCACAGUCUGCAAAUGACGACAUAGCAAACAUACUUUCCAUGGCUGAAACAGUACAGGAGGUCCUUCCCCACAUCCCAGAUGAACUAAUUUUCCAGGAUUUGCAGCGAAGUCGGACUUGGCGAAGAGGACGGAGGUGA